CCGUCAUUACCGUCAUCACCGUCAAUCACCGUCAAUCACUGUCAAUGCCUGGUCACUAGGUCGCCACCGCAGCAAUUCAACUAACUACUAGUAGUAGUUCACUACCUUCCCUAUAUUCAUCAUAUAUUCGUCUUGACUCUUUCAUUCAACGAGAGUAUUCCAGGGAAUCUCUCCCAAAUUCCCCCUCUUAUUAUACACCGAUGUUUAGACAGGUUUACCUCCCAUGACGGGCAGGCCGGGAGAAUUGAUUGACAUAUAUUACUACCCCUAAGAUCGCGCUUUUGCGCAACGGCUGGGGACACCGUCUAGCGUAUAAUAAGUUAUUCAAUACCUUGAUUACCACAUUAUGGUAGGCUGUAUCCUCUUUCCGAGGAGCUUUGACAUAUAAUUUCCCUCUCACGCAGGUUGUGUUUCGCCAUAAAAAGCAACCGCUUAGGUUACCGCAACGAAAGCUGCUAUUCGUCACGAUGUCGAGUCGAGCUGUUUCUACCCGCUAAAAGCACGAAGUUGGAUCUAAUUCCCUAUUGACGGCCUCGUCCUGUUCACCAGCCUUGACUGAAGAAAGCUACCGUUUCCUACCUCCCCUCAGCCAGGCAAAGAAAACUCAUCAGAGGGUCCAUUGAAGCGGAGGCCCCAACCUCGAAAAUUACUGCGAGAACUAUUUAAACUCCACAUGCCACCAGACACGGCUCCCACUAAUAGCUGUGGCGUUUAUACCUGCUCUCUUUGUUCCAACCUCGCCACGAGCUAAAUCUCAGUUGUGACACACGGCCUAAGGAGUGCCCCUGAGUUGGACUCCGUCGCUCUCAUUACCAUCCUACAGCAUCAUCGUCUUAUACAAAUAUAUUUCUUUAGUAGGAUUCACCCAUCCACUCCUAUAUCCCCUCUCCAUGUCCACGAAAUGACUAGCUGGAUGAACCUUUGCCGGCGACCUGUCAAAGCCACCAAGACCAGCAUCACAACCCCUACGCCCGAGACUCAAACGAUUGUACCCCAUGGACAAAGAUUCUUCUCCUACCUUAGAAGAGGCUAUGGAGCUCUUCGUGAAUUGAGUACCUGCCAAGCAAGCAAAGAUGGGAGAUGGAAUUGUCCAAUGUCAUCCUUAUCCAUAAUAGCCUCUAGAGUCAUUCUUGCGGCAGGAACCGGUGAAUUCUGGGAGAUCUUGUCUGAUCCUGGUUUUGAAGCGAGAUUGAUCCACAAUAACAUCCCUAUUAAUGAUUCUAUGGCGGACAGGUGUCGCAUUUGCAUGAUUGCGGGACGCAGAGAUCAUUUUAAAUAUUUCCUAUCAGAAUAUUAUGACAGAGUCCAUCCAGUUUAAACGCCCAGCAGGUAUUAAGGCUAUUAAUGAGGAGAUCCUAUCCUUUAGACUCGCCUGACAUGGGCUGUCUAUCAGGGAACUUUUUGAUGACUGACUACAUUCUAGCGAGCCCUACUGAUGAUCAUUUGCUGUCACCGCAACAGUGAAUUUGCAACUCGAAACUAUAUGGGGCAAGCCUCUACAAACCCCCCCCCCCCCCCCCCGGGAAUAGAUGUGCGGAAGCGCGCUUUGGAAUGAGAACGGGGAUGUCCCUGGAUGAAAAGACUAAAUCAUUCAGUUGAUAACGUCUGUCACAAUCUCCGGAUUUAUUCACGAGCAAAAGCUGGCAUCCCUCUCAGACAGCCAUGAGAUUCUUAUUCAACAAAAAAGACAGUAUUAUUUUGCUCCACUAUCUCCUUUUUUUCGGAUAUUCACUGCUGUGCAUUGCCAUACCAUGCAUGCAGCGAGAUCUUCUUGCUGCAUCCCUUGCGAGGGAAACUAGUAAAGGGCUACUGCGAGCUUUUUCGAAUCAGUUAAUGACAGGGGCCAGUAUGGUGUUAUAAGUGUGGAGGUGAGCUAUGAAGGGCGAAGGGAGAGAUGUCUCAUCUUCUCCGUAUUUAAUCAUCAGACGCUACUAGGAUACAUGUCCAGCUAGUGCGAGAGUGAUCCAGAAUAUAAUUUCUGCGUACUCAGCUAUCUGGAAUAUUUCAACACGAAUCCUGGGCCGAGUUCCCGGCCAUAUUUCGACCGCCGUUGACAUAACAGCUAAUCCCAAGUUAACUAUGCCGCAUCCCAUCACUCAUCGCAAAACUAACAAGCUAUAAUAAACCUCAUCUCUGGAACCUUUCAAUGGUGUUAUGUCCCUGCUCUGUGCAUUAUAUUCUUCUUUUUGAUGAUAAACCCAUAGGGGCAACCAUCAGUUACACCGGUUGUUAGACAGUUCUCGGCCUGGAACCUACAGCACUUAUUACCAACGCAUUGAGUGCCGACUCUCUAUAUCUAAUGGGACUUUGUCCUCAUACAUAUUAGAUGCACAACCAUCUACACUCGCUCUAUCCUGUACUCGCUACUUGUCACCUUGGAUGACCUAGCUACUGCUUGAAGGGUGUAUCCGUAGAGGGCCCCUUCCCCUUGGGGUACCAGAUCGGCGUGGGUUCUAGUGCGUAUACGGCAUGUGAUAUCGCGGCAGUGAUGUUGAGCAUGCGCCUGGCCUCCGCUCAACCCUACGUCCUACGUGGAUAAAAUAUCCCCUUGAAUACAGUCUAUCUCAGAAGCAUACACGCAACAGUGCUAAUCAAUUUUUCAGGCAAUGUUGGCUUGAGCGGAAGGGAUUGUGGAAGGUUGGUUCUUUCGAGAAGGAAAGCAAAGGUUCUCAGAUUUUCUGACAGAUUACAGAACUGGUCGAACAUCCCAAACGCAAUUGGAAAACACCAUGAUUGGUUUUUGGAGACAGAGAACAUGGAGGACUGUGAGCAUGGACAACCAAAGGAUCGCUGAGAACAAAAAUGUUGUUUAUCAUUAGAGGAUGAAAGAAACAUCUGCAUACAUGGAAAUCGAAUGGAGAUUGGUUCCCCAUGCCCUCAAACGAUCAAACCAAGUUAAAUCAAUAUCAAUUGUGCUUGAUGUCUCGUAAGCCUAAUUGAAAUCGGCAUGCCGUUGUCAACGCUUUAAUCAAUGUCGGUUAUUAGAGGACUAUCACUCGCAUUGUUCUGAUCAACUGAAGCGAAAUUAUCUUCAUGUUCAGUAUCAUGGAUCUUAUCCACAUCCAAUUAUCAAUACUCCUUCUACUGGGCUAUGCAAUUGAAAAAGAACGAUUAUUUUUCAUCAAAUAUCACGAAGAAGAUAAC